AUGAAGAAUUCCGAUGUUCUGUUUCAUCUUGGCUAUAACAGUGACAAUGGCAGCAUUCUCAACAUCAUUGGCGGUUGUUCAUGGUGGCAAAUUUGGAUCUAUGUACUGAUAGCUAUGCAACAAAUUCCACAUGCGAUGUUCAAUUUGAAUGUCGUCUACAUGAUGUAUGCUCCGGAACACUGGUGUGAAGUCCCUGGCUUCGACGACCCAAAUGACACCACCGUAUACCAGUGGGGUCUCAAAGAUGUGCAGAAUAUCUCAUUCGUAUUUCCAAACGAGAAUGGAAGAUCUGGAGCUUACUUGAGAGAUUCGUGCCACUACUAUGCAAGACCAAUAGAACGAUACAAAGAGCUCAGAAAAAUGCCACUGAACGAAGCCAUCCAAAGCGCAUGGAAGGACAGUGCUGAAAAGAAGAAAUGCGAGAAAUAUCACUACAGAAAAGAUGUAUGC